CACUUUUUAUUUUUUUCGAGAUCUCACAAUUCAGGACGCUUUAAAUCGGUUUGUGGCAUUCUGUCAUGCAAUUGUCCAACCCUCUCUGCUUUUAUCGCCAGACUAAAGCCACAUGCACUCAUGUUCGGUGGCUCAAUCAAAAAUAUACAUAGCAGCAUGUAAGUGGCUUUUAACCCCCUGGGCGGCCACCUCGGACUUGACUAUAUACAUAUAUAUGUGUGUGUAUGUCUCCAAUGUCAGGAUUCGGGCCUUCUCCCUGAAGACGUACAUACACCCAUUCCGUUCGGACUCGGGUUUUUGUUAUACCGGGAAGAUGACAAAACUCGUUGUUCGUCAGCAGCUUCCAUGCCAAAUAAAUCAGAGGAAACGGGCAAUAAUAUGCCAGAAGCUCUCCGUCCUCUCUAGCUCUCUACUUGGAAGCGUUUCAAUAUGUAGCCCAUUUCUUUUGCUAUACCUGAUAUUGAUAUUUUCAUACACACACACAAGUCCGCUCGUCCUCCGGUGUUUGUUUCAUGUCCACCUCUGCUGAAUCCCCGCGCGAUCUGCUCCCAAUUGCAAAACCAUAAGCGAGGGUUGAAGCUCCUCUCUUGCUGAUGGCAAUCAUGGGAACUCAUCCCCAUAGAGACCUUUCAUUUUCUGAAAAAAUAUCAUUGUCAGUCGGUCAUGAGUGUUGCAUUACCUAU